GCCAAACACAUAGCACCCCCUUCUGUAAACAAACCCCUUAUUAGUGAGGAAACUGAAGCGUUGACUGGCCCAAUUAGUAUCAGUCCGUUAAUUUUACUCGUGUCUUUUGCCUCGUUCACAUAACCUUAGAAAAGAUUGGACUUGGGGCUCCUAAAAUGACGCGAUUCCGACCCUGUAUCGACCUCCACGCCGGCGAGGUCAAGCAGAUUGUCGGCGGGACAUUAGACAGCAAAACCAGUUCACUCCAAACAAACUUUGUCUCACCUCACCCUCCCGCUCACUUUGCCAAAUUAUACCGCGAUAAUGCCCUCACUGGCGCACACGUCAUCAUGCUGGGCCCGGGCAACCAAGACGCCGCGCGGGAGUCUCUCGCAGCCUGGCCAGGGGCUCUGCAGGUCGGCGGUGGCAUCAACGAUACCAACGCCAAAGAGUGGAUAGAAGCCGGUGCCGAGAAGGUCAUCAUCACCUCCUUCCUCUUCCCCAACGGCACCUUCUCCCAGCCGCGCCUUGACGCGGUGCUCGCCGCGCUCGACGGCGACAAGAGCAAGCUGGUGAUCGACCUCAGCUGCCGGCGGCACGGCGGCGAGGAGAGGUGGUUCGUCGCCAUGAACAAGUGGCAGACCAUCACCGACAUGGAAGUCAACCAAGAAUCCAUCCAACGCCUCGAACCCUACUGUUCCGAGUUCCUGAUCCACGCAGCCGACAACGAGGGGCUGCAGGGCGGGGUGGACGAGGCGCUGGUGGCGCGCCUGGCCGAGUGGUGCAGCAUCCCCGUCACCUAUGCGGGCGGCGGCCGGCACCUGGACGACCUGGAGCGAGUGAAGCGGCUCAGCGGCGGGAAGGUGGACCUGACGAUCGGCAGCGCGCUGGAUUGCUUUGGGGGCAGCGGGGUGACGCUGGCGGAGUGCGUGGCGUGGAAUCGGCGGCAGGAGGAGGAGACAUCGGUGUAG